UCGGGAGGGAGGCGAUGACGGGCGCGCGGCCGCGCGCCUCCAAGAAGCGCAGAGCUCGGGAGCGCGGCGGCGGCAGCGGCGGCGGCGCGGCGGCCGAGGCGGCGCCCGGGCGGGAGCGGCGGCCAGCGGCAGCGGCGGGCGGCGGCAUGAGCUGGGCGCGGGCCGCGGGCCGGGUGCUGGCCGCGCUGCUGCUGGCCGCGUCCGCGCUGAGCGCCGCGCUGCUGGCCUCCGGCGACGCCCUGGAGCGCGGCACGCGAGGUUUAGACGGAAAAAAGCAUGUAGAGCUGAAGAUGGACCAGGCUUUGCUGCUCAUCCAUAAUGAACUACUUGGGACAAACUUGACCGUCUACUGGAAUUCUGAACGCUGUUAUCAUUGCUUGCCCCAGGUUCUGGGCAGUGUUUCUGGGAGUGGAAAACCUGGGAAGCCCAGCGUGGCACCUGUGGCUGUGAGCACCCAGCACACAUCCAUCCUGCAACUCAACGACACAUUGGAAGAGAGAGAAGUUUGUAGGCUGAAGUACAAAUUUGGUGAAUUUGGAAACUAUUCUCUCUUGGUCAAGCCUGUCCAUAAUGGAGUCAAUGAAACUGCUUGUGACCUAGUCGUUAAUAAGAAUCCAGUCGACAGCAACCUUCCUGUGUAUAUUGCGUUGCUUGUUGUUCUAGCGGUCAUCAUCGCUGUGUGCUUUCUAAGGUUCUUGUUGAGUUUGGAUGACUUCAAUAAUUGGAUUUCUAAAGCAAUAAAUUCUCGGGAAACCGAUCGCCUCAUCAACUCCGAGCUGGGCUCUCCAAGCCGGGCAGGCCUGUUCGGUGACGAUGCCCAACCAGAAGUGUGGCGUCCGUCGGUGGUGCCUCCGCGCCUCCGCUGCGUGGACACGUUCAGGGGGCUAGCACUCAUCCUCAUGGUCUUCGUUAAUUACGGAGGAGGAAAAUACUGGUACUUCAAACAUGCAAGUUGGAAUGGACUGACAGUGGCUGACCUUGUGUUCCCAUGGUUUGUGUUUAUUAUGGGGUCUUCAAUUUUUCUAUCAAUGAAUUCCAUACUGCAGCGGGGAUGUACAAAAUUCAGACUACUGGGGAAAGUUGCGUGGAGGAGUUUCCUGUUAAUCUGCAUAGGAAUUGUCAUCGUGAACCCCAAUUAUUGCCUUGGUCCAUUGUCUUGGGAUAAGGUGCGGAUCCCCGGCGUGCUCCAGCGGCUGGGGGUGACCUACUUUGUGGUGGCCGUGCUAGAGCUCCCCUUUGCAAAGCCUGUGCCUGAAAGCUGUGUCUCGGAGAGAAGGUGCCCUUCUCUUCAGGACAUCACAUCCAGCUGGCCCCAGUGGCUCGUCAUCCUGAUGCUGGAGAGCGUUUGGCUGGCUUUGACGUUCUUCUUACCUGUUCCCGGGUGCCCCACCGGCUACCUUGGGCCUGGCGGCAUCGGAGAUCUGGGGGAGUACCCGAAUUGCACUGGAGGAGCUGCUGGCUACAUUGACCGCUUGCUUCUGGGAGACGAUCACAUUUAUCAGCAUCCUUCCUCGACUGUGCUUUAUCACACCACGGUGGCCUACGACCCCGAAGGCAUCCUGGGGACCAUCAACUCCAUUGUGAUGGCAUUUUUGGGAGUUCAGGCAGGAAAAAUACUCUUGUAUUACAAAGAUCAGACCAAAGACAUCCUGAUCAGAUUCACUGCCUGGUGUUGUUUUCUGGGGCUUAUCUCUGUUGUUUUGACGAAAGUUUCUGAGAACGAAGGCUUUGUUCCGGUAAACAAGAAUCUCUGGUCCAUUUCGUACGUCACGACGCUGAGCUCCUUUGCCUUCUUCAUCCUGCUCAUCCUGUACCCCAUCGUGGACGUGAAGGGACUGUGGACAGGAAGCCCAUUCUAUUACCCAGGAAUGAAUUCCAUCCUGGUGUACGUGGGCCACGAGGUAUUCAAGAACUACUUCCCCUUCCAGUGGAGGCUGCAGGACAGCCAGUCGCACAAAGAGCACCUCGUCCAGAACCUCGUCGCCACCGCGCUCUGGGUGCUCAUCGCCUACGUGCUCUACAGAAAGAAGGUUUUUUGGAAAAUCUGAUCGCUCCACCUGACGUGUGUUGCUGGGGGACUCUGGUGGGCUGGUGGGGAGUGUUGACCCAGCCUUUAUUAAAGGGAACCGUUAAUGAUAAAAUCGAUAGGGUGUGAAUUUCCAGAUGAGUGGGGACGAUGCUGACGUUCUCAGGCUGGGUGACUGCGACAGGGCUCGUCAGAGCUCUGCCUGCGUAUUUGCAACUUAACUGUUUGGAACGUAAUGGUCUUUUUUCUCCCAUCUUCUCUGUACACGGAUGGAUUUGGAACUCCAUGCCAAGGAUUUCUCGGAUAGCUUUUCACAAGGGAAUUACCCUGGGCAUUUGCUUCCAUGAUGGAUAAAACCAUCUAAGGUCUGA